AUGACAAACGCGAAGCAAGGAAGCCAUGGAGGCUCAACGCAUAGCUCUGUGCCGAAUGCGAAGAAUGCUUCUAUCAAGGUUGGAAUUCGUGAUGGCGUCACUGGCGAGUUCAAUUUGGUACCUCGAGCAGAAGCUGUAGUCUCAGUAUUUGACUCAAAUUUCCUGAUCGGCGAUGGCAUCUGGGAAGGUAUCCGUGCCAACAAGGGCCGAGUCCAGUUUGCCAAAGAGCACAUCAAUCGACUUUUCCAGUCCGCGAAAGCCAUGUACCUGGACCUCGGUCUAUCGAAAGGGGAUCUCCUUGACCUAAUUCACCAGACGCUUGAUGAGAACGAUAUGGGAGAUGAUGAGCAUGUCCACAUCAGACUCGUGGUCAGCCGUGGUCUGAAAGCUACUCCCUACCAAAACCCGAAGGUCAACAUCGGUCUCCCUCUUAUUGUCAUCAUUCCCGAGUCCAAGGCCGUUGAUCCCAACUCCAAGUCAAAAGGCUUGAGACUUUCAACAACAUGGGUCCGACGGGGGCCACCCGAUGUCAAGGACGAGCAGUGGAAUCACAUCUCAAAAGCGACGGAUGUUCAAGCUUGCAUUCAUGCGAAUGUGAUGAAUGUCGACGAGGCGCUUAUGCUUGACCUACGCGGCUUUGUCAAGACGUGCAAUUCAGUCAACUUCUUCAUCGUUCGAGAGGAUGAAGUCUGGGCCCCUACCAAGGACAACCAGAUGCAAGGAAUUACACGCCAAAAGACCAUUGAUGUUUGCCGAGCGAAUGGUAUCACUGUUCGAGAACUGGACUUCACUCUCACCGAGACAUAUGGCGCCGAUGAGGCUUUCUGUACAGGGACUUUUCCCUCGCAAAUCCAUGUUACCGAGAUUGAUGGGCGGGUCAUCAGUGAUGGUAGGAGAGGAGCUGUUACAGAGAGGAUACAGCAGCUAUACUCAGAGCUCGUGAGGAAAGAUGUUGAGAGGUCAAGGGAGGAGAUCAAGGCUGAGGUGGUUAGUCCACGAGACCUGACCUUCUUGAAGUCAAAACUGUAA